GUGUCUGCUCGGGCACUGGCGCCUCUAGUGCAAAGAUGGCAGAGGCGGACGACCAGCUGAGGUUGGCGAGGCCGCCGACCUUCAGCGGCAAGGAAGAUGAAUGGACAGAGUGGAGCUUCGUUAUGCGGAGCUACGCGGCGGUGCAGGCUUCCGAGAUGACCCACCUGAUCGAGGCGGCGGAGAGCGCAGCACAAACAGACAUCACAUUAGACAACAUCCAGCAACUGCUGGGUGCUGGAGGAGUGGCGGCGGCGAAGAAGCUGUUCCACAUCUUGGUCAUGAGCGUCAAAAGGCCGGCACUGGCCGUAUUACGUGGAAAUCGUGAGGCAAAUGGAGCUGGGGCUUGGCGAGCACUGACCGAAAGGUACGAACCGAACACGGCGCCCAGAGAACAGAGCUUGAUGAGCUCGAUCUUAGCGACGCCCCAGUUUCCAUCCGACCUCCCGGACUACGAGACGGCCUUGGGCGAGUGGGAGCAGACGGUGCGCAAGUGGGAGACUAUUUCGGGCGACCUGUUCAACGCGUCCAUGAAGAAGGCGCUGAUCAUAGACAAGGCCGCCAAGUCGGUGAAGACGCUUCCACAGAUGCAGAACUUGGACACCUACGAGCAGAUGGCCAUGGUGACGCUACAAAUAAUGCAGAGCAAUGCGCAGUGUUUGGCCGGCGUGCCAGUUCCGCCGAGGCCGCGACGAGAGCGAGACCCAAACGCCAUGGAGGUCGACGCGCUGACGAGGAAGGGCAAGGACGCCACAUGCAAGGACAAACGAGGCCGAGGUAAAGGCAAAGACGACAAUAACGGCAACACGAUCAACAUGACGGCCGAUUGGAUCAAGGACGCGGAGCGGUUCAUAUGGCAAGCGCAGGACUCCAAGGGCAAGGGCAAACGAAGCACGAAGAAGGGCAUCAACGAGCUGACGAGCCAGGAGCCUUGGAUCGCUUGGAAGGCAGCAGCGGACGCCUCGUCAGCAGGGGCACCGUCGACUUCGGCGGGCCAAGCCCGGGGCUACGCGGCGAAGCUCACGCACCGCGACCACGAGGACGAUUACGAAACCAGCUACAUCUUUGCCAUCACGGCCCGAUCGAAACAGGUGAACUACGUUGGAUACAACGUUGGUCCAUGGCUUCCUAUGUCAGUCCUUGUGGAUAACUGUGCCGACGAGCACGUCUGCGGCCGAGAGGACUUCUAUCGGCGUGGGAUACAGCGCAGCGCCGACCCGAAUUUCGAGGCAGCCGUCGGCCACAAUAUCAUACACUACGGCGAGCGCUCUGUCAAGCUGGAGCUGAAUGACGGCAAGAACAUCAUCAUCCCUUCCCAGGUGUGCGACGUGAAGACGCCCAUCCUGAGCGUCGGCGAGUUCUGCGGCUACGACUCGAGCAGGAACGCCAAGUUCAACAUGAACGGAUAUACCUUAUACCACGAAGCGGCUGGCGAGGUGAACGUGAACAGAGUGGACUACGUCGAGCAGGAGGUGGUCCCAGUCCAGACUUUACCAGGGCCGAAGGAGCCGAGCAAGGAGGAGAUCGAGAUGCAUAACCUACUGCACGACCCGCCGAUGCCGUGGUGCGAGAUCUGCGUCAAGGCGAAAGGCAGAGACGCUUGCCACCGGACCGCCGUCCAGACGCCGAUGCCGGCCAUCCAGUUCGACUGCGCGGAGGCGGGCAGCGGAGGCAGUGAUGUCCCGAAUUUCGAGUUCAUGGUGGGCGUGGACACGUCUACGGGAGCCGCGUGGGCGUCGGCCGUGCUGGUCAAGGGGAAGGAAGACGUCUUCGUCGUUCUUUCCAUCGUGCCCUGGCUAGCAGAGCUGGGCCACGCGAAGGUCAUCAUCCAGUCUGAUGGAGCGCCGGCGGCAGAGGCUGUAAUGAGAGCCGUAAAGGCGAAGGUAUCGACCAUGGAGUCGCCGCCGUGCGAGGUCAUUUUACAGCAGCCCCAGCGGCACGCCGCCUGGCAGUACACGAGGUUCCACAAGUGGCAGGUUUCGGGCAUGGCGGCCUACGAGAAGAUCAGGGGGGCCCCCUACCAGAACCCGAUACUCCUGGCGGGCGAGACGGUGGCGUGCCGCCGCCCAGGGGCCGUCAUCAAUAAGCUCGAAACGACGUGGCUGGAAGGAGUCUGGCGAGGAAGGGGUAGCAAGACGGACGAGCACCUCAUCGGGGCCCCGAACGGCCUGGCGAGGAGCCGAGCACUGCGCAGGCGAGUCGAGAGCAAGCGCUGGGACCGGGCGAUGCUGGAGGCCAUGAAGUGGGGAGGCGCGCCCAUGGACGUGGUCGGCGCAGCCCUGGAGCCUCACGAGCGAGCCAAGAGGGCGCGUGUGGCUGCGGGACAAGCCUCAGUUGAUGGAAAAGGAAAAACUUACCAUUUUCAGCCCAAAGUGGUUAGUUGCCGCGGGGCGCCGACCAGCUUGCAGCGCUACCAGGCCGCCACCUUCCCUGGGCAGGCAGCGGCAGCGGCGGCGAUUCCACCGACCCCCUCGCAGCCGCAGUCGGCGGCCGAGCGCGACGCGUGGGCGCGUGCGAGGCUGGGAGACCCACAGGCGGCUCCAGCGCGGCGCGGUGACGCAGGUGACGAGGAAGCACCGCGCACUCAGAGACGGCGAGUGGCCGUGCUCCGUGAGACGUGCGAGGACGACCGCGAGCCGAACACUUUCGUGGAGGCCAGAAUGAAGCUUUUUGAAAAGCUGACGAAGGUGCCUGGCAAUAUCAAGGAGGUCAAGAGGUCCGAAGCCACGACCGCCCCCCUCUCGGGGAGGUGGGUCGAAGGCCAACAUGACGACGGGGCGCUGAAAGCCAGGUGGACUACGAGAGGCUACGAACAGACCCUCAAAGGCAACGAGGACUUCCUCUCGGCGGCUCCAGCAACGCUGCACCUCAAGAUGAUGCUGGUGGACGCGGCCAAGAAGGGCCAUGUUGCAGCUAUAGGGGAUUGCAGCGGCGCGUUCUACCAGGCGCGUCUCGACUCCGAUGGCAACCAGGAAAAGGUGUACAUCGAGCCCCCGCCAGAGGCAGGGCUAGGGCCAGAUGUGGUCUGGGAGGCAGUGUCGGCCUUCCCCGGCUGGAAGGUUUCACCCGACGCUUGGGAGACCCACGGCAGCGGCGUCCUGACGGAUGAGAUGCACCUGGAGCAGUCGCAGUACGACGGGCGGGUGUUUCUACAGGGUCGAGGGCGAGGCGACGAGGGGGGAUUGCUGGCCAUGAGCCUCAGGAAGACUGAGGGGGGCUUCGCACUGCAGGGCAACCCUCUGUUGAUCACGGACAUGGCUGAGUUGCUGGGGCUGGAGAAUGCGAAGUACAGCGCCUUGCCUGAGACGGCGAACGCCAAGAAGCAGAGCGACGACGACGACGACCGUGACUACUCCGGCGCAAAGGUGCACAAGUCGCGCGUCGGCAUGCUUCUGAAGGAGUGGAAGUACGACGGCGUGAACCCCCUCCUGAUGACGGGGUUCCAGAGCGUACUCGCGGUGCGCCGGAAGCGAUGUCCUGGGAAAAUGAAGCACGUGGAGUUGAAGAUGUUGGCCAUCCAAGACUGGGCGAAGGAAGGGCGGCUACGCAUCCACAGAGUAUCCACUCACGAGAACCCGGCGGGCCUGAUGACGAAGGAGCUGUCCGUCGAGAAGAUGACUAAGUUCGGCCUCGCCCUCGGCUUGCGCGGCGG